CUCCUCCCACCCAGCCCCAGCCCCACUCCGGCCCCGUAACACCCAGCGAGCAGAGCACAGCACCCACCACCGGCACAGCCGCGCGCGUGGGUGGGUGGAAAAAAGUAGAGAAAGAACAGGAGAGAAGGAAGAAAAGGAAAAAGGCAUGGCCGCCACCGCCGCGGCCACCGUGACGGCGACGGCGACGGCGGCGGCGUCGAGCUGCAGCAAGCGCGAGAGCGCCGGCAUUGCGGCGCCCGCCGACUUGGCGAAGAAGGCGAAGAAGGCGAGGUCGCCGCCGGCGGAGGAGAUGGAGGGCUUCUUCGCGGCGGCGGAGGGCGACGUCGCGCGGCGCUUCGCUGCCAAGUACAACUAUGACGUCGUCGCAGACGCUCCCAUGGACGGGCGGUACGAGUGGGUCCGACUGAGGCCGUAGGAAGGAGGGAUAUGCCGCCGCAGCCAGUCAAGCGUCAGAACUCAGAAGCCCGCACAGACAGACAGACCACGUUGUGUCCUUUUUAAUCAAUUCUUUUGCAGUUACCCUGUCAUGCUUUGUUAGCUGUAAUUAUUGCUCACGAGAUGCCUAAUCAUGUAAAAGCUCACCAUGUAUAAGUCGCCAGUGGAUGCCCUGUUUCACCUGUAGCUAGCUUCGCUUUUAUUAACUUGUCGUCAUAUGUUUUGUUUCAUCAAGAAAAACAAGGCGUCGUUAUCUGUGUA